UGUGAAAAAAAGAAAAAGGAAAACAAAUUGUGUUGUAGACGACAAUGAAGCAAAUGUGGAACGAAAAAUGUGAAAAUACAACGCGAAACUCAUAAUUUGCACACGCAGCACGGUACAUUUCGCACAGGUAAACAUACGCAGUGCCAUGGAUACGGCACGGAGAAAUGCGUCCAGCACGGCCACUGCGGCUCGUGAUUCCAGGGUGGCCCUUAUCGAUUUCAAGAAGAUUUGUCGCAUCUGUGGAAAAUCGGAUGAAACGCUUACCUCGGUGCAUUCGCGCUACCAAAAUGAUCUGCGGGGCAAGAUUGUAAAGUAUCUGAACGUUGAUAUCGAAGAAAAUGGUACAUUGCCGACGAAAAUUUGCUUCUGCUGCAAAGAUAUCAUCACCAAGUGGCAUGAUCUGUACGAGAAGUGUCGUGUGAUGGAAAAACGGUUCGAUACGAUACUGAAAUCCUGCGAAGAGCAACUACAAACGGAACUGCAUUCAAAUGGUACGCGGGAAGAACAGAACGACAAAAAUGGCUGUUCAUCUUCGAAGGAAGACGUUGAAUGUGGGGAAAGAUUGGACAGUGCAGCUAAUGCAGCAGCACAGGAAUCAGUACCUACUACACCCGAGCAGGAAUCUCAGAAAAGUCAAAAAACUUCACCUAAAUGCAGAACAAUUACAUGCACGUUUUGCCGUACGGAUGGAUCCGCUAAUGGUAACAUACGAUAUGAGUCUCAAACGGCACUAGUGGAUCACAUGAAGGAUCAACAUUGGGAGCAGAUCUUUCAUUGCGAGCAAUGCGACAACUAUCUCGAUCGUGCCAUUCUUAUUGAGCACAUGACAAUGCAUGCAUUAAGCUUACUGCAACCCCCACCCGCUACCGAAGGAACGGAACAAGAGCCGGAUAGUUUGGCUUCCGGUUCAGGCAUGGGUGAAGAUGAACCAGAAGGUGAAAUGGAAGAGGCUGAGGGUAGCCAACAAACGACAGAACUAAAAUCUGGCGAAGGUAGCACGAAUAAGGAAAACGACGAGAAAGAUCUGGCGGCCGCAGCUCCAGAAACGAUGAAAGCCGUAGAGGGACGCAAACUGUACUGCAACAUCUGUGAAAAGACGCUCGGCAAUCGGAGCGCUUACUCGUACCACGUGAAUCAGGUGCAUUUGAACAUAAAAAAGUUCGAUUGCACAUUUUGCGAGAAAAAGUUUGGCAAUCGGCGCUUGUUGAACAAUCACAUCGCUAAUCUGCACUCGCGGGAACGUAACUUCGGCUGUACCGUGUGUGACAAGCGCUUCAAAACGAACGUCGCCCUCUAUAAUCACAUGCGGGUGCAUGACGAUAAGCUACAGUUUAGCUGCCGGUUUUGUGACAAAAAGUUCCGUUUCCGGAACCACCUCGUAAGCCACGAGCUGGUCCACUUGGACGAGCGAAACUACUCCUGCAGCCAGUGUGACAAGAAGUUCAACACGAACGAGUGUCUGCAAAAGCACAAGCUGACGCACGUUACGACGGAACCGUACCAAUGUCCGCUGUGUGGAUUCAGCACGAAACAGAAGCGCUAUCUAGUUCUGCAUGCAAAGCGCAUCCACAUGGUACGGUAAAGUGGCGGGCG